UAAGCACGUUCUGUUUUGUUCGUCAUACAACGACCGUAACCGGCUUUGAUAAUCCUGCCAAGAAACCGGACUAACUUCGUCCUAAACACCCAGGGGAACAACAGCAAGACAGCUAAAGAAUCAACAUGAAAACGGCUGUGCUGGGCGGCGGCCUGAGUGGCCUCUCCGCCGGCUAUUACCUGUUGCGGCGAUUCGGCAAUCCUCUGACCAUCUACGAAGCCUCCCCGCGAGUCGGUGGCUGGAUACGGACAGAGGCGCGCAGGGAUCGCGACUUUAUAUUUGAGACUGGACCACGCACUAUACGUCCCGUUGGUAUACCUGGAGCCAAUACGCUGGAGCUGAUGGAGGAGCUGCAAUUGCCCCUGAAGCCAAUCCCUCGGAGUCAUGUGGCGGCACGGAAUCGCAUGCUGUAUGCCAAGGGCCAGCUGUGUAUGCUGCCCAAUAGUCCCAGAGGACUGUUUGGCGUCAAGCCGCCAUUCACUCAACCCCUGUAUAAGGCACUGCUCCACGAUCUGUUCACGGGGAGGACUCUGGCCAGGAACGGGGACGAGUCGAUAUACAGCUUUGCCGAGCGCCGCUUUGGCAAGGAGAUAGCCGAAUACGCCAUCAGCCCCAUGAUCUGUGGCAUUUGCGCCGGCGAUGCCAAGCAGAUCAGCGUUCGCUUCCUAAUGGAGGAACUUUUCGAGAAGGAGCAGAAAUACGGCGGCGUGCUCAAGGGCACCCUAUAUGCCCGCUUCGAGGACAAUUUAGGACAAGAUCAGCCUAAACUCCAUGUCCAGGACCUGCAGGAGAAGUGGGCGAUGUACAGCAUCGAGGGUGGAUUGGAGGUACUGCCUCGAGCCAUGCGCAAGUAUCUCGGCCAACACAACGUCAACGUGCAGCUAAACAACGCGUGCAAGGCUUUGACAUUCAGCAAAAGUGGAGUCCGCAUGUCCUUACGCAAUGCUGAUGUCCCUGUGGACCAUGUCGUGAGCUCCCUGCCAGCCUACAAACUGGCUCCACUCUUGAAGCCACAGCACCCCUCGCUGUGCGAGCAGCUCCUGGAGAUUCCCUAUGUGGAUGUAGUGGUCGUCAACAUUCAGUAUAAUGGCAAUCAGCUCAAGCAGGACGGCUUCGGUCUGCUGGUGCCUCCCGUCGAAAAGCUGCCCAUUUUGGGUAUUAUCUUUGAUAGCUGCUGCUUUGACAUGAACGGCAACACGGUGCUAACCGUGAUGAUGGGCGGUCAUUGGUUCGACCAAUGGUUUGGCCAUCAACCCAGCCAGAAGCAGAUUCUCGAUAUUGCCACCAAGUACGUGCGCCAGAUACUCGACAUCCAGGAGGAGCCCAAUUUCAGUCGCGUCCACAUUCUCCUCAAGUGCAUUCCACAGUAUACCGUGGGCCACAAGGAACGCGUGAAGAGGAUCCGCAAGUAUCUGAAGGACUACAAGCUGCCCUUGUCGCUGUGCGGUGCUGCCUUCGAUGGCGUAGGCAUCAACGAUGUUAUACUGUCGGCUCGUCGUCAGGUGGACGCCAUACCGUAGUCCUUAUUGAUUUCCCCCGUUUGCUCCCAGUUAAAAGAUCAUAUUUUUUGGCCUUUUCUGUAAAUUUCCUAAGCUGGUUUGUGUGUAGUAUUCUUUUUGUACAUAAAGAUUCCACGUAGCCGUUA